CCUCUGCAUCUUCACCUGUGCCAUGGUCCUGGUUCCCGAAGCAAAGGACCAAAGCAAGGCAGCCAAGGGCAGGAGAAGGGGCCUGGCACGGCCCCCCACGGCCCCCCCUGCCCUCGCCUGGGCCGUGGACGACCCCUUUACCACCAUGGCAGACUAUGAGCGCAGCAUCCAGGACAUGGUGCACCAGCUGAGGAACAGCUCCGAGCCGGGAGACACCAAGUGCCAGGUCAACUUGAGGCUCUGGAGGUCCAACCGGAGGAGCCUGUCCCCCUGGGCAUACAGCAUAAACCACGACGCAACACGGAUCCCAGCAGACAUUCCUGAGGCCCGAUGCCUCUGCAUGGGCUGCAUCAACCCCUUCACGAUGCAGGAGGACCGCACCAUGGCCAGCAUCCCCAUCUACAGCCGGCUGCCCGUCCGCAGGCUGCUCUGCCAGGUGCCAGGGGAAGCAGGGCACAAGCCCUCUGGGAAGAAGUGUCACAAGAAGUACCAGAUGGUCAUGGAGACCAUCGCUGUGGGCUGCACCUGUAUCUUCUGAGAUAGCAAAGCUAACCCCUGCAGCUACCCGUGGGCAUCUAACCAGCUUGUUCUUGCUUCCCAGCUUGCCCAGCCCUCUGGGAGCGGGUCACCUCGCUGAGCAACAGGCUGAGGGGAGCCCCUGUGCAAGGUGAUGGCAACUCCGAGAGCUCCCUGAAAUCCCCCUGCAGGCUCCAUCGGCCUCAGCCCAAGCACCCACUUUGGGGACACCCAGUGUGGGGGUAGCCCCUGCCAGUCACCAGCUAUGCAGUCCCAUGGCUGGCCUUGCAGUGAGAUGCCCCCUCACCUUCAUGGAUGGGCUCAGCAGGGCAGGUUGCUGGUCCCCUCCGCUGGGCAGGAUCCGGCCUCCUCCCUCCCUAAAGUCCUUGUUUGUCUUUGCCUGCUUCAUUGGUGCAACAGCUCCGAGAGCACCCAGUCCCCCCCCAGUGCACCUACCAGUUCCUCUGUGCUGGCCAGGGAGCAGGGCAAGUGGAUGGCGGGUUGGGUGGCUUCUGAGGUCCUCAAUAAAGCGCAUCGCUGGCCCCUG